AGCAUCCCUCCACCCUGCCCACUCUCCCCGGCCCUCACAACCCAUUGCCCAUGCGGCAAAUACCCUCCUCCACGCCCUUUUCCCCCCCCUCCCCCCCUGCAGCCCGUUUCCCCCACACAGCCUGCACCGACCCUAUCCCAACCUGCACCUUCUCUGCCUCAAGCCCCUAUCCGGCUGCGCGCACGCAUGCGCAACGCGCUGCCGCGCCGCCUCCUGUGCUCGUCCCUUCAGCCUCUCCCCACGUCCCUAUACCGCCCGCCGUCCUUGCCUGCACGCAUCAGAGAUGCUUGGCAUCAAGCACGCCACAGCGGGCGAGUUCUACAGGAUGCAUGGCUCGCGCGCGCAGUCGAGAACCUCAAUACGAGAUCUCCGCGGUUGACAAGUCAAGGUGUAGAAACGGGCGUGUGCUGCCGCAGACAGUACGCGGGUGCUGGCUUCGCCGACGAUUCCCUGCCCCCGUCAAGUGAGAGCGGCUAGGCUGACCUGAGUUGAAGCCAUGGGGCUAGUAGUGAAGGAUUAUUCUUAUUUGCAAAGUGAGCACUCCCUUCCCAUUACGUCGAUGCCGAGUCCGAGUAUGACAGAGAUACGACGACACUUCCCAACCGCCUCAUCCAUUGCAUGUAUACUAUAUGCGCGCUACCGCUUGUCGCUACUUUUGAUGUACCUCCUCUAUCUGUAGUUAGAUUCUUUUUUUAUGCAUAGAUCGCGGUCUUGCAAAUUGUCUCUUCCUCUCCCAUUGGAGAAGAGAUUAUGUUUUU